ACACCAUGUUCCAAUCACAGAGUAUGAAAGAACACGAUUUUUGUUUUCAAAUGUUGUCAUUGCCGUGAUCGCUCACACGAUUCAAUGAGAAGAUCUGAUUGAAGAUGAGGCAUGCUUUUUCCCCACGCUAGCCAUCGUAGUGUCUGUCUUCCCGUUGGUCUUGAUGCAGCUAGAAUCGCAGUCUCCCAGUACGAGUGUACAUCCAGUUUUUCCACAACUCAGAGUUCGUCACAUCUGAGAAAUCUGCAAUUUCAUGCAUUCCAUGACAUUUUGCUUUCGCUUCGCGCCAUCUUUGCUAAGAACUUGAUUUCAGAUUCUCCUGCAGAACUAUCAUAUUUGCAAGAAGUUUCAUGCCCAGCACUUAUGCACACGAAUUGUGACAAUACGAAGGUAAUAUCAGUUUUCUUCGGGAGAGCUGGACAUUCGGAUUGAAGAGAGGGCCUCCUGUACGCGUUGAAGGAGAGAGGAGAAGAGAAAGGAAGGGGCAGGUGCGUCCAUCGUCAGUCACGCUGCUGCACUUGCGACACGACUUGUGAAAUGGACUCCGCACACGAGGAACCGGAGCUUCCCUCCGCCAUCCAGGACCUUCUACAGCGUCUGGAAGGACAAGGCGAGCCUUUAACGCAGCUUCCCCGUUUAAGCGGGCCAGAAUUUCUGGAGUUCUUUCCGGAGCGUGCAUCACUUUCGACAAUCACAGGGUGGCGAAGCCAAGUGCGCCUUCGAGUGCUGGAGGCAAUCGGCAACUGCAACACCUUUGAGAGUCUGAGUGUGUAUUAUCUUUGCGGGGGAGAUGUAUCGAGGUUGACGGCAAGCGAGUGGGAGAUCGUUUUCAGAGGUUUCAGGUCAAGCACCGUUCUAAAUGAAAUAACCCUUUAUGAUUUGAAAUGGAGUUCAGAUGCGGAAGUGGAGACCUUGUGCUUAGAGCUGGGGAGAAUUCUGAACUCCUCUAGCGUAUCAACAUUAGAACUGUGGAAUUGCAGAUUGAGUGCCAGAUGUUGGUCGAAUCUCGCCUCAGGACUGCGAGGACAUUCCGAUUCUAAACUCCAGUCUUUAGAAUUACAUAGGGCGUGGGAGGACGAGAGUGCGGUGAAGCAUGUGGCUGAGAUGAUCAACAGUGCUCCUCUAUUAGAAACGUUGGAAUUAGAGGACUUUCGGGAGGACAUGGAGGACGAGAACGUUGGAAUCCUGUCCCAGGCGUUGAUCCAGAGCUCGUCGUUGAAGGUAUUGGUCCUGAGAGGCCAGGUGAAGUGGGGAGGGCCCUUGUUGCUGAAAGCAUUGGCCGGAGACAAUCGCAACCGAUCCAUUGAACGUCUUCGGCUAUCGUCUAUAAAGGGAGUAGGAGACAAUCGCAACCGAUCCAUUGAACGUCUUCGGCUAUCGUCUAUAAAGGGAGUAGGAGACUGUUUAAGGGAAAUUCUUAUUUCCAACCGAUCAUUGAAGAAAGUGGAGUUGUCCGACUUGCAGAUGAGUCCUGAGGAAUGGCACCAGCUCGGCGAAGUCAUACGUGACAAUGCUAUAGCGACAACUAUACUUGUUUGGUUUCGAUUGGGGAAUGAUGACUGGAAGUCAAUAGAAGCUCUUGCUCGUUCUGCUAGCUCCGAAGUCAACGACCCCACACUGGAGCUUGUACUCCAUCAGGGAGUGAAAGAUGAUCUGAUGUUAUCAUUAAACCUAUUAGGGAGGGUGCUGCGCGGUGAAAUCAAAUCUUUAAAAUCUCUGAGUGUGUUGAGGAAGGGUGGAAAAAUCUUCACUUUCAGUAUCCUCCCGAUGAAUGGGAAAACUGGAGAAACCUCAGUCCAGAAUAGACUAGAAUUAUCUGUUCGAAGCGAAUAUCUUUCAAAGGGAGUAUGGGAGGAGCUGCUUCGGUGCAUGCGAGGGAACCACCUCACUCACUUGGAUUUGUGUCACUCCAGACUCGACCAGGAGGCGUUCAGGGACGUGAUGGGAGUACUGCAAGUGAACUCGGCUCUCAUCAAGGACCCCACACUGGAGCUUGACCUCCAAGCACGGAGUGAAGAUGAAGUGAUGUUAUCAUUAAACCUGUUAGGGAGGGUGCUGCGCGGUGAAAUCCAAUCUCUAAAAUCUUUGAGUGUGUUGAGGCAUGGUGGAAAAAUCUUCACUUUCAGUAUCCUCCCGAUGAAUGGGAAAACUGGAGAAACCUCAGUCAAGAAGAGAUUGGAAUUAUCUGUUCGAAGUGAAGAUCUUUCGAAGGGAGUAUGGGAGGAGCUGCUUCGGUGCAUGCGAGGGAACCACCUCACUCACUUGGAUUUGUCUGACUCCGAACUCGACGAGGAGGCGUUCAGGGACGUGAUGGGGGUCCUGCAGGUGAACUUGGCUCUCCAGGAAAUCGACGUCUCACGAACAUCGUGGGCAACGGACGGAAAGGCGGCGCUGAUUCAAGACGCCCUGCAGCAGAACAAGGAGCGGGCCAUCUACAUGUCCGUGUUCCGAGAAGCCAACUUAACAUUCGGAGAUGCAAACGCUGGCCGACUCUUCUUAUGCGGCUCUCCUCGAGCAGGAAAAACUCAAUUGCGUAAAACUUUGAUGAGGAUAAAUCAUAGCUGGCUACACAGAAGCAAUCUGUUCAAUAGAUGGGAGGUAUUGUGGAGGACCAAAGGGAUUGAAGUGGAGUUUUUGCCAAAAAAUGACGAAAUGCAAAUCUCAGUUUGGGAUCUUGCAGGACAAUGGAUUUUUCGUACCCUUCAAACUGUACUUUUCCCUCAAACCAACAAUUUCUGUGUUUUUCUUUUUGUGUAUAGCCCCUUCUGUGAGGAAAAAUCUUCAAAGAAACCAGACGCUUGUUUUGAAACUGAGUUGGAGGAUUGGUUGAGUUUCUUCACAUCUAGCAUUAGGGUCACUGGACGUGACCUUCCCCAAGUUUUUGUUGUCAUUUCACACAAGGACAAAGCCAUAUAUAGCUCUGUGAGUUGGGCUCAGUCAAUAGUUGAAAAACUCACCCAAAGAUUCGCAAAUUAUGUGGAUCUCCGCCCUAUUCAAGAGUGUUUUCAUGUGGAUGCUAGGAAGAAGAAGCAAGUUAGCUCUCUUAACAGACACAUUUUUGAGAAUUUUCACAAGUUGUUGAGUGAGAAAUCCCCACAGGUUCCCAAAUUGUGUUUACAACUCACCUCUCUCUUGGUUACAAACACCAAGAAGAACAAAAGUUUUCCUUUGUGGCUAUCCAAAAAGUUUUAUGAUUUUUGUGUUUCCGAUUUGAAAAAAUUUAUUCCAUCUUCUUCUGCUCACUCUGUUGAACAUUCAAGGAUAAUGCAAUCUAUCAUAUCCUAUUUGAAUGAUGUUGGAUCCAUCAUUUACAUCCCCAACCUUGAUUACAUCAUUGUCGAUCCCAACUGGCUCACUAAUACCUUCUUGGGUGAGCUAAUAGCUUUGGGUCAAAACUUUCAAGCUCAAGAGCCAGAGUCUUCUUAUAGACUGAGCUCAUACGCAAGCAAGGACGGAUUUGUGAGUGAGAGUGUCUUUGUUCGGUUGAUAGAAAAGUUUCUGGGAAACCAAUCACAUGGACAGAGAGGUGUGGAUAGAGAGGAGCUUGAAAACAUACUUGUCAAUUUAGAUUUGUGUUUCAAGCUCAAAGAUACUUCUCAGUAUUUCAUUCCUUCCUUCAUCCCGGAGCAUGCAAGCAAGGAAGAACAGAAGCAUGAAGAAGGGGCACACGUGGACUCAAUGUUUUGGGAUAAUAGGAGUGAGACUUCACAGUUUGUCGGCAUUCGGAUUCAGUGCCAAGAUGAAAUAACAAUGUCCCUGACUGCUGCUUUUUUUCCACGCUUCCAGAUGUUCAUGAGACGCAAGUUGAUAUCCGAGGAGAUGGGUGGUUUUGAGGAGAAUGUUAUCUGCUCUCGACAUUAUCUGCGACUUUUCCUUGACGGGCAUCAAAUAUAUAUCGAGCACAUUCAGAGUGAAAAGUCCCACAAAUACGUAGAUGUUCUGAUGUUAUGCUCGAGUCAGAAGUCAAAGGAGGCAGCUAUUACAUAUGUGAGGAAGCAUAUCGUCCAAGAGUUGAUAUCAUUUUGCGCAUCAUCAAAAGGCUGUCCAGGGGUGGCGUUAGUGCUCGGUGUGAUCCAGACUUUUUGCGUGGAGAGGCUGAUUCCAAGUCGUCUUAGAAAAGUCAUUCUGAUCGAGACCCUGAAAUCGGACUUCAUUCGUAGCAUCAAUGGCAAACUUGAGGAAAUGCCGUUGGAAAAGUCGUACUUGACGGAGAAGGCAGAGUUGUUUCACUUUGAGCACUGUUGGCCUCCGAUUGGAAAAGACACCGGCCGAAUAUCUGAACUAGCAAGGGAUUUGUUGUGGGAGAGCGAUGUGGAAGAAGUUGUGAAUAAGAUUCACCAGAAUCGAAUUCAACAAUUGGAGUCAUUGGAGGAAGCUAUAAUUAGCGUGGAUAAUGGUUUGGCUCAAUGUUAUCCUGAAGCUGAAAAGAUGGUUAGCGGCUCCGAUGCCCCCCAAAUGAAAGACCUCAAAACACUCUCAUCCAGGUUCUUGAGUAGAUCCAGCACAAGUGUGGAGAAUCGUUCGACUCGACUAAUUUUGUUUGGGAUUGAGCAACUAAAAGGAGAGGUUCAGGGUUUGCAUAGAAAGGUUGAUGAUUUGCAUGAUGCUAUGCAAAGAGUGGACAGGAAAAUGGAACACAUACUCUCUGUGCACCAAGAACUGCAGUCAAAGUUGAGUGUCUUCAUGUCUAAGGUGGACAGGAGCAUUGGCUAUUCGCAAGUGUUUCAGCAGGGGAAAACGCCCAAACGACCUUACGUUACGGAUGAUGUGGGACAUUUCCAUAGGUUGAGUGCAGGUCUGCAUGUCGGGAAAAUUGUUCGACUUCACUUGAUGUGUGAGUCGAUGACUGGGUUUCACACUGUCAAAGAUCAAGAAGGGUUGAAGUUACGAUUGGAUUUGGAGAAGAGAGAGUGGAUUCGGAGAACUAUUGAAAUUUCAUACAAAGUAAUAUAUUAUGGUGCAAAGGCUGCACUGACUAAGUUCUGCGGGUUGGGCGAAGCGAUUCCGGCCUGGGCAGAUUUGGAAUCGGAUAUUGUUAAACUGGAUGGUAUUAGCAGUGAAGAUCGCAGGGCAGUUCUAACAGGUGGGGAUAGCAAGGAGCUGCAAGAAGCAUGGUUGAGGAUUCAGCAAAUUCUUGCGCCUGAGCUUGAAAAUUGCUAUUCCAAAAUCUUCAAGUUGUAUCAGGUGAAGUACGUGAGUUUAAAAAAAGGUGGGCAUGCAUGGGUGUGCGAGGAGUGCAUGAAUAAAGGCCUGCGUUGUGGAAUUUUGACAUGUUAGGAUUUAGAAGAGGUUAGAAUGCCACUAUGCAAUUGACAAGCAUAUGUUUAGACCCAUAUGCAAUAUACAACUCUGCAAAUUGUUCCUUGCAGUUUUCAC